CUUAAACUAUUAAUCAAAGAAUUAAUUAAAUGAUUACACAUUUAUUUCUUAGUAAACAGCAAUAAAAACAUAAUAUUUCAAUAAUUGAGUACAGCAUAUAAUAUUUACAUAUUAUAACUGUGAUUUGCAUAAACAACGUUUGAAACUGAACUAGCGCUUAUCUAUGAAUAUUAAAAGAGCAUGAACUUUGACCCAAGAUAUUUUGCAGGUAUACUGCGACAUUACAGUUUUAUCAUUUCAACUAUUAAAAUUCUUCAAGCAAAUUCAAACAAAAUAAAUUUUUACCCUCGAAAUGGCUCCGGAAAGAUCGAAUAUGUCUACUACAAAUCAGUUGAGAAAUGCAUCCUCUGUUUUCACAAGCACAUCAGGUAUACAAUCAUCUUUUAAUGCAUAUAAUCCUCCAGCAACCGGCGUUCCUCCUCCUUUACCACCAAGACAAUCUAUGGGAUAUAAUGAAUACAGACCAGGUUAUUUAAACAAUUAUGGCAAUUACGGUAGUAUGAAUAAUUAUUAUAGAGGAUACAAUAGUUAUGGUUCUUUUGGUGGAUAUAUGGGAUAUCCAAAUAACUCUAAUUAUAAUAAUUAUGGGUUUAUGGGUGGACCUAGUGGAGAUAUAGAAAGUAGAUUUACACAGUAUGCAGAAGACAGUACGAGAUCUACUUUUCAAAUGUUAGAAACUAUCUUGCAAACUUUCUCGUCUGUUACAAUGUUAUUGGAAUCUACAUACUUUGCGAUAACAAAUUGUUUUAAGGCUAUUUUAAGCGUUGCAGAUAGUGUGGGAAGAUUGCGUUCUACUAUUAGUCAGCUUUUGAGCACAUUUGCUUUAAUUCGUUUCUUAAAGUGGAUAUAUAAAAAAAUUAGUUAUACAAUUGGUUUACGUAAAGGAAAUCUUGCUGAGGAAGAAUUAUGGCAAAGAUCAUUAAUUCAAGCGGUAAAAGGGGAAAGGAGCUCUACUUCUUUAUGGUCUAAUUUUCUGUUUCUUGGCAUAUUUGUUGUCAUUCCAUAUUUGAUUCAUAAAAUAUCGAGUAAUGUUAAAGAGCUUAAAAUAAAAUGUACUGAUCCUAAGGAAUGGACGAAUUUUAAAGAACCAGUCUAUGCAGCAAACGCCUUGUACGAUUUUACAGCUACAUGUAAUGAUGAAUUGAAUUUGAAAGCAGGACAAAAAAUUUGGUUGGCUCCCCAACCUUUACAACCUAAAAAUAUACCUGGUUGGUGGAUAGCAACAGAUAGCAAAAAUGUCGGUUUAAUACCAUCCAAUUAUGUUACUAUCGUAGCACAACUUAAAAAAAGACCAGAAGUAAAAACAUCCGAGAGUUCACCUUCAAAUGUAUCUAUACAAAAUGUAAAUGAACUUCAACAAGAUUCUUUGUUAAGUAAUGAACAUGGCAAUUGUAAAAGUAGUAAUCAAAAUGUUGAAUUACAUGAAGCAUGUGAUAAAGAAAGUCAAAAAAUUGAAUCUCCUGAAACAUCUAAUAAGACUGAUUAUUAUGAAAAACAAUUGGCAUAAUAAAUAAAAUUUUAAAUAUUGUCGAUAUA